AGGACACAAAGAUCUGUACAAGGACAUCAUGAUGGAGGAUCACCGGCCCCUCACAUCACCAGAAGAGAGAACAACACCCGAGAGAUGUCCCAGUCCUCUUCUUCCACAGGAUAAUUCAGAAGAGCAUCUCUAUGUCCCACAGGAUGAUCGGGUAGAUGGAUAUAUGGGCAUGAUGGAGGAUCACCGGCAUCUCACAUCACCAGUCAAGGAAGAGAGAAGAACACCUGAGAGAUGUCCCAGUCCUCUUCUUCUGCAAGAUGGUUCAGAAGAAUCUCACAAUGUCCCACAGAAUAAUCAGCUUGUGGAUCCGGGUGAAGAUCGGAACAAAAUUAAUCCUACAGAGACAUAUGUGAGGGGUGAUGAGCAGAGUACAGAGGACAUUUCCUACAGAUAACCCCCCAGAUGACUGUGCCAGGAACUUGGAGAAACAUCUGGUAUCUUCAGAUUUUAAAGUAGAAGAUUGUGGCAUCACACGAGAUACAUUAGAAGAGCAUGCCGAUAUACAAGAUAUACCCUCAUCCAAUCACAGCAACAAUGUAUCAUUUGAUUCUUUUAAACAGGUCCAAUCUUCUGAUACAUCACAGACUGCAACACAGAAUAAAAGUCACAGGAGAGGUGUUAAACAUCAAACAGCUCACGUAAGAGGGAAGCCAUUUUCAAGUUCAGAAUGGGGGAAGCGUUUUAAGCAUAAAUUAGCUAUUGUUAUACAUCAGAGAAAUGAAACAGGAGAGAAGCCAUUUUCAUGUUCAGAAUGUGGGAAAUGUUUUAACCGUAAAUCAGAUCUUGAUACACAUCAGAAAAUUCACACAGGGGAGAAGCCAUUUUCAUGUUCAGAAUGUGGGAAAUGUUUUCACAAUAAAUCAGAUAUUGUUAGACAUCAGAGCGUUCACACAGGGGAGAAGCCAUUUUCAUGUUCAGAAUGUGGGAAAUGUUUUCACAAUAAAUCAGAUAUUGUUAGACAUCAGAGCGUUCACACAGGGGAGAAGCCAUUUUCAUGUUCAGAAUGUGGGAAAUGUUUUAACCGUAAAUCAAAUCUUGAUACACAUCAGAGAAUUCACACGGUGGAGAAGCCAUUCUCAUGUUCAGAAUGUGGGAAUUUUUUUAAGCAUAAAUCAGCUCUUGUUAGACAUCAGAAAAAUCACACAGGAGAGAAGCGAUUUUCAUGUUCAGAAUGUGGGAAAUGUUUUAACCGUAAAUCAGGUCUUGUUGCACAUCAGAGAAAUCACACAGGAGAGAAGCCAUUUUCAUGUUCAGAAUGUGGUAAAUGUUUUAAAAGUAAAUCACAUCUUGAUACACAUCAGAAAAUUCACACAGGGGAGAAGCCAUUUUCAUGUUCAGAAUGUGGAAAAUGUUUUCACAAUAAAUCGGAUAUUGUUAGACAUCAGAGAGUUCACACAGGGGAGAAGCCAUUUUCAUGUUCAGAAUGUGGGAAAUGUUUUAAUCAGAAAUCACCCCUUGUUACACAUCUGAAAAUUCACACAGGGGAGAAACCAUUUUCAUGUCCAGAAUGUGGGAAAUGUUUUUACAAUAAAUCAGAUAUUGUUAGACAUCAGAGAGUUCACACAAGAGAGAAGCCAUUUUCAUGUUCAGAAUGUGGGAAAUGUUUUAAGAUGAAAUCGCCUCUUGUUACACAUCAGAAAAUUCACACAGGGGAGAAGCCAUUUUCAUGUUCAGAAUGUGGGAAAUGUUUUAACCGUAAAUCAAAUCUUGAUACACAUCAGAGAAUUCACACAGUGGAGAAGCCAUUCUCAUGUUCAGAAUGUGGGAAUUUGUUUAAGCAUAAAUCAGCUCUUGUUAGACAUCAGAAAAAUCACACAGGAGAGAAGCAAUUUUCAUGUUCAGAAUGUGGGAAAUGUUUUAACCGUAAAUCAGGUCUUGUUGCACAUCAGAGAAAUCACACAGGAGAGAAGCCAUUUUCAUGUUCAGAAUGUGGGAAAUGUUUUAAAAGUAAAUCACAUCUUGAUACACAUCAGAAAAUUCACACAGGGGAGAAGCCAUUUUCAUGUUCAGAAUGUGGAAAAUGUUUUCACAAUAAAUCAGAUAUUGUUAGACAUCAGAGAGUUCACACAGGGGAGAAGCCAUUUUCAUGUUCAGAAUGUGGGAAAUGUUUUAAUCAGAAAUCACCUCUUGUUACACAUCAGAAAAUUCACACAGGGGAGAAGCCAUUUUCAUGUUCAGAAUGUGGGAAAUGUUUUAACCGUAAAUCAAAUCUUGAUACACAUCAGAGAAUUCACAUGGUGGAGAAGCCAUUUUCAUGUUCAGAAUGUGGGAAUUUUUUUAAGCAUAAAUCAGCUCUUGUUAGACAUCAGAGAAAUCACACAGGAGAGAAGCCAUUUUCAUGUUCAAAAUGUGGGAAAUGUUUUAAGAUGAAUUCAGUUCUUGUUAAACAUCAGAGAAUUCACACAGGGGAGAAGCCAUUUUGGAGCAAUGAUUAGGACUGCUGUGAGAGCUCCCCAAACAAACAUAGUCUCCUGUAUUGAAUGAAUAUUGGUAAUCAAAGGACAGAUCCAGUUAAAAGUGAAACUAAGUUUUUUUUUAUUUAUUUAUAUAUAUCUCCUCUAAACACAAAUGUAUGGUGAGAGAAAAUAUAAAAAAAAAUGUUUCCCACCCUGCCUGUGAUUCCUGUUAAACUGCAAAUACAGGGUCCUAUAUGUGAAAGUCCAAAAAAAUAGAGCUGGAUUCCCAGAAGAGCUGGUGUCCAGACAUGUGGAAAAAGGGGCGUCAUUCACACUUGUAAAUGGACAGUUAUCUGUAGUCCAGUGGAAUGACAGAUGUAACAUAGUUUAUAAGGCUGAAUAAAGACAUCUAUCCAUCCAGUUCAGCCUGUUGUCCUGCAAGUUGAUCCAGAGGAAUGCAACAAAAAAAAUGUGAGGUAGAAGCCA